GGAUAUGACGUCAGCUGUUCCGUCUACACCAGCUGAUCGCAGCGCAAAAACCGAUCCGUCGUCAAUGUUAUUCUCUAAUGUGGAAUCCGGGAGCACAGCAGCUGUCCGCGUCCUCGCGCGCUACUGACGCUCAGCGGGAAACUGCAGCGCGUGCCGCAGACGCGCGAGCUUGACGCGGCCCGUUUGUUUUGGCUAAUAGAUGGGCCUUCUUGCAAUGCUAAGCUAGGGAGCUAGUUGUCACUGUUUGAAGGGUUCAUGGAUGUAAAUGACUGGUGACGGAAGUUAACGGUCAGUGAACACGCGAACGAACGACGCAUGUCGGAGAAACAUGUUUUCUAGUUAGCUAAUAACGUUAUUGUCGGCAACGGUAACGCUGGACGGGGAUUGGAGGCCGUGUGACUUUAGCCUGUCGGGUUGUCACACGCUGACACACGCACGCAAACACUCACUUACACACGCAUGACGGACACGUCACGGCGUGGCAGCAGCGCUCUCGUCCAGCUGUAAGAUGUGGCUGAAGCUAUUCUUCUUGCUCCUGUACUUCAUAGUGUUGUUUAUGCUAGCGAGGAUUUUUGAGGCGGUAGUUUGGUAUGAGACCGGUAUGUUCGCCACUCAGCUGGUGGAUCCAGUGACUCUGAGUUAUAAGAAGCUGAAGACCAUCCUGGAGGGUCGGGGCCUGGGAUACUCCGGACUGGCUGAGAAGAAGGAUGUCAGCGAUCUGGUCGAGAAAUCAGGAGAGUUGACACAGGGCGAGCUGUACUCGGCCAUCAAGAAAGAGACGGAGCAGACGGAGGCAGGAGAUGCCAGCACAACGUACUUCAGUGGAGAAAUGCACUUCUAUGAAUUAGUGGAGGACACUAAAGAUGGGAUAUGGCUCGUUCAGGUCAUCGCCCAAGACCGGAAAGCUCUGCUCAGUCGAGCCAACUGGGGGAAGAUGGUGCAGAAAGUGUCUCAGUUUGGGAUCAGAACUGGAACCUUCAACUGCUCUAAUGACUACAGGUCAUGCAUCAAGCGCGGCUGGCAGCGCUCCACUCUGAUCAUGUCUGUUCCUCAGACGUCAGCAUCAAAGGGUAAAGUCAUGUUAAAAGAAUACAACGGCCGGCGCAUCGAAACGGAGCACAUCUUCCGCUGGAUGACCUCACACGUGGCUCAUCGAAUCAAAACCCUGCGUCAAUCUGAGCAGCUGGUGGAGGAAUGGCGCGCCGACCCGGCCCACCCGGUGAAGAUGUUUCUGUUUGCACGUCUAUCCCAGCCGCCCGCCUUCUUCUCCGCGCUGUCCGUCAAGUUCACGGGCAGGAUUGACUUCAUCUUUGUGGAUGUGCGUGGCUGGGACAACCGCAGCAUCCUGUCAGAGAUUGAUGUGACACAGAACACCGCCUACAUUCUCAAGAUGCCAGAGGGCAUUUAUCGCUAUGGCAAUAGUACUGGGGAGUUCUUGUCACUGGCUGCCAUGGAUACUUUCCUGCGUUCCAUCCAGCCGGAAGUCAAUGAUCUGUUUGUCCUCAGUCUGGUCCUGAUCAACUUGCUUGCCUGGAUGGACCUCUUCAUCACGCAGGGGGCAACCGUGAAACGAUUUGUGGUAUUGAUCCGAACUCUUGGAACCUACAACUCCAUACUGCUGGUGUCCUGGCUGCCUGUUUUGGCUCUGCUUCAGCUGCCCUAUCUGGAAACUCUGUAUGGUUACAGCCUGAAGCUGCUUCGCUAUGCCGACACCACUACGGUGGCCAGCCUGGUGAGAGCUGAUUGGACCUUCUACUCGUCCCACCCAGCUCUCUUUCUUUCCACCUACUUGGCCCACGGCCUGCUGGUCGACUACUUUGAGAAGAAACGCCGCUGUCGCAUGAGGAGCCAAGAGGACAGCACCACCAACCUGGAGUGGCUUGCCAGUCUCUGGGACUGGUACACUUCCUAUCUGCUCCACCCAAUCGCAUCGCUGCACCAUGUCCCGUCCGACCACUCCGACUGGGAGGAUGACCCCAACUUCUUAUUAGAGCGUUUGGCUUUCCCCGAUCUCUGGCUUCGCCCCUUAAUAGACAUGGACUAUAUUGAAGCACUGCCAACCUGGAGCUUCAGGUCGGUUGCUGAGGAAACGGGAGAGGGAGCUGGUGGGGGACUGGAUGAAGAGACGGAUAGUUCACAUUCAGACACGGAAAGCAGGGAGAAGAUGCACAGCAACGCACAACUGUCCCUGAGCAACAGCAUGGACGGCAGCAGUAGCUGUCAGCCUUUCUGCUGUCGCCAUGGAAACAGAGGCUCGUCCUCUGCUGACAGGGCCUUGAAGGAUGGCUGCCUCUGUGAUUGGUCGGUGUGGCCCUGUGGCAUGCUGCAGUGCUCCGAGUGCGUUGUGUGUCUGGAGAACUUUGUGAGUGAGGAGCUGCUGCUGGGUCUGCCCUGUGGCCACGCCUUCCACCAGCACUGCAUCGUGGUGUGGCUGGCAGCAGGCAGACACUGCUGCCCGGUGUGCCGCUGGCCCAGCUACAAGAAGAAGCUGCAGAGAGGCGCACAGAGCCCGGCUGGAAGGCUAGUGCAGGACUGAAGGUGAAUCCCCGUCCUGUUCAUCGCAGCUUGAGUGGUGGUGGAGGAGCAGGAGACAUUGCUAGUGGGUGUGAUCGGGACUGCUGUUGCCAUCAAUCAGCCUGCUUCCAUUAUUGUCAAAAGUAGUAUGGGGUGUAACUGUGCUUUUCUGUAUAUGAAGGGUGUGGAUUCGGCUUCGUAGUGCAAUAAAAACCUAUUUCUGGUGUUGCCAUCUUUCACCCAGAAACCACUAGAGAAUUUUUUUCCACAUGGUGUGAUUUCAGGCCAGAAAACAAGUGUAUCUGAUCCAAUACUUUCCAACUGUAUCCAUAAACUGCUCCGUAUGCCCUGUAUCAUGCAAGCACCUCCAUGCUGUAUGUUUUUCUGUUGUGCUUAGAGCUGUCAUAUAUUGGAGGAAACUGGAUGUUCUUCGCUAAUGAACGCUACCAUUGGUCAACACAGGAAAGAAGUUCAAUGAAUGAUGUACCUGUGUGUAAUGUCACACGGAAGGUGGUCAAACAGCCCUACCUGCUGCUCCUCCUCCCCAUCUUCAUCUUGUUCUCACAUGUGUCCCGCCCUAUCACAUCUCAUAGGCCAUGUGUCCAGUGCAAUUAAAAGGGAGUACUGUGUCAUUUA